CGCCUCUGGUCGUACAGCCAUCCACCAGCCAACCAUGCAGAUCUUGACGGUGCUGAGCUGCCUGCUGGCCGCCGCCGUGGCUAAGCCGGGCUUCCUGGGCGGCGCCGCCCCCGGCCUCCUGGGCGCGGGCUACGCGGGACCCGCCGCCUACGCCGGCUACGCGGGCUACGCUGGCCCUGGACACUUCGCUCCAGCGAACAUCGUCAUCGGUCCAGGCGGCGUGCCCCUCGACACGCCGGAGGUGGCCGCCGCUCGCAAGGCGCACCUGGCCACCGUCGCCGCGACGCAAGAGGUACCCAAUUAUCACCCUGAGAGGCCUCCAGCGCAGAGGCACAACUACAUGCAGAAACCACCACGGUUUUAG